AUGCCUUUCGAACACGCCAUGGACGAAAUACAAGAUGGAAUGCACGACGUAAAGGAGGGCAUGGAAGACAUGGGCCACCACGCCGAGAAUAUGUUUGACGGCGACCACCAUGAUGGCGGCCAUUGCGAAGACGAGCAUGGCUGGGGCCACCAUGACGGCGAUGAACAUGGCGAGCAUGGCGGUGAUUGCGACGACGAGCAUGGCUGGGGUCACCACGGCGGUGAUGAACACGGGCAGCAUCACGAAUAUGGUGAUGAUGACUGCGGAGACGAAGGUGGCGACGAGUGCCAUGACGGAGGCGAACACGAGGACUGCUAG